AUGAACCUGCCACCUCCCGCCGAGGGGUGGCCGGCCGCCGACAAGGCCGCGGAGGCGCUCUUCUCGCGGUUCCAGAUCGACACGAGCCGCAAGUUUGGCGAAGGAGGCUACGGCGCCACCUACGCCGCUAUCGACAAUGCAGCGACGGGUGCGGCGCGCAACUGCGCUGCAAAGGUGGUGAACCUGAGCAAAAUGAAGUUGGAGAGCCUGCAGGACGAGUGCAGGGUUCUGGAUAACCUCGGGAAAGAUGGUGGUCACCCCAACGUGAUUAAGCUCCUCGGCCACGGCCGCGGGCGCCGGAGCGCGAAGCAGGAGGGGCAGUACUUUAUCUUUAUGGAGGCGGCGAGCGGCGGCGAGCUCUUCGACGUGGUGAUCGACCGCGGCGCGAAGGCGAUGACGGAGGAGGAGGCGCGCGGCUUCUUCAUCGGCGUCCUCAGCGGUCUCAUGCACUGCCACUCGCGCGGCAUCCUCGAGAACGUGCUGCUCUCGUCGGAGGGCACGAUCAAGCUGAUCGACUUUGGGCUCUCGCACACCUACGGCAAGGACGCCAACGGCCAGUGGGACCGCUCCCAGCCCCUCCGGCGGCUGGUCGGCUCAAAGUCGUACGUUGCGCCAGAGGUGCUCAGCGGCGUGGGGUACGACGGCUUCAUCGCCGACGUCUGGUCGCUCGGCGUCUGCCUCUUUUCGAUGCUCGCGGGCUUCUUCCCGCUCUCGGAGGCAAACGCGAAGGACUGGCGCUUCGGGCUGCUCCAAAAGACGCAGGAGAAGGGCGUGUCGUCGACGGUGACCAUCCACGGCUGGUACAAGCGCAAGUGCCAGCUCUCGCCCGGCGCGAUCAACCUGAUCGACUCGAUGCUUGCCUGCAACCCGAAGCGGCGCAUCCCUCUCGGCGCGAUCGCGGCGCACGAGUGGACGGCGGGCGCGCCGCUCGGCGGAGCGGCGGCCAAGGCGGCGCUGGGGCGGAGUCCCAUGACGGCGGCGCUGCCGGUGACCGCGAUGGAGGAGGAGGGGCCACGCUGGCGGGCCGCCAACCCGGGCAUGGACGCGGAGUCGCUGAUGGCGCUGCUGGAGCUGAACGACGGCGAGGGGCUAGACGACGCGGAGACGGCGCCAAUCUACCGCAAGCUGGGCGUCGACCUCGGCGAGGCGCUGCCGCUGCCGGCCUUUGACAGGCAACACGCCUGCACCUUUGCUGCGCCCGAGUGA